CUACUUCCGCAUACGUUUUUUUUUACGUAACAACUCGCCUGGGUUUAUGAAAUAAUUCUUCCCGAAUUAGUCCUGAACUCACUGGAGCAUCGACAGCACGUCCAUCACGACUGAACCGAAAGCUCUUCAAUAAAUCUUUGAACUCGUCCCUGGGUGCACCUUGAAGCUUUCUCGAGCGAGUCCCGACUAGCUCGGCUUCGCUUGCUAGCUGCUAACAAAUAGACGCGUUUGGUAUGGACACGUCGCGAAGCGUGCGUGGAAAGUGUGGCGACGCUCGCGUGAAAAUGCGUGCAAAGAGUGUGAAAGAAGAAGAGUGCGAGGAGGACAUUUGUCGGACAGAAGAGGGGACCGAGCGCCCACGUCUACCACUGGACGCCGUUUUGGAGCAGCCUCAGUUUGGGCCAUACGGAGCAGACGUCAGUGAAAAAUAUUUUCAUCCUGAGCAACAAGGACCAGAGUCUCCUCACAUUAAAGAGGAAGAGGAGCCAGCGUCCUUUCACGUUAAAGACGAAGAGGAGGGUGAGCUCACCGAGUUCCCGUUGACCUUUGACCAUUUGAAGGGUGAACAAGAUGAAGACAAAGGUCAACAGCACGAGGAGAACAGAGGGACACAGCCUCCAAGCAGCAGCUCAAGUCAACGCAUGGCAGCAGAAGAUGAUGGAGACCACUGUGGAGCAGCACAAGCAGACGGCCUCUUUGCGCCACUAUCAGAUAGUGACGACACAACAUCACAAUCGCAUGAUGAUGAUGGUAAUGCCCAUGACGGAGAGCACUCUAAAGGUGAAUUGACAUGUCACACUGACAACAAACAUGUAAAAUGCUCGCGGUGCGGUAAAACCUUUAGUUCAAAGUGGGGGUUGAAAGUGCACACAAGAACACACACUGGGGAAAAAGCUUUCGCCUGCUCAGUUUGCGCGAAAAGAUUCUCUGUCAAGGAACGUUUAAUAAUGCACAACAGAACACACACUGGAGAGAAACCUUUUGCAUGCACAAUUUGCGAUCAAAGAUUCUCUGUUAAGACGCAUUUGACGACACACAAAAGAACACACACUGGGGAGAAACCUUUUGCCUGCUUAGUCUGCGGUCAAACAUUCUCCGUGAAAUAUAGUUUAAUAAUUCACACAAGAAAACACACUGGGGAAAAACCUUUUGCCUGCUCUGUAUGUGAUAAAAGAUUCACUCAGAAGGGAGAUUUAAGAAUACACACAAGAACACACACUGGGGAGAAACCUUUUGUCUGCUCAGUUUGUGGGAGGAGCUUUACUCUCAAGGGACAUUUAAGAGCACACACAAGAACGCAUACCGGAGAGAAACCUUUUGCCUGUUCAGUUUGCGGUCAAAGGUUCUCUGUCAGCGGAAGCUUAAGAACACACACAAGAACACACACUGGAGAAAAACCAUUCAGUUGCAGCGUGUGCGAUAAAAUAUUCUCUCGUAAGGAUCAUGUUAAGAGACACAAGUGUGCUGGUGAGAAUAGAAGUGAUCAGUGAACCAUGGAAGACUGUAAAGAAACGGCAAGCUGUAAAAGUGUGUGUGUGUGUGUUCCUGAACAAAAAAAUCCACAAAUGACGACAGAAUUAUGGUGUCGUGUGCUCUAUCACUGCGACAUACACGCAUCAUGGGCAUUGUAUGUUAAUAAAAUCAUAAUUGUAUCCUUGUAUUUUGAAUAAAGCAAUCGUCAUGGUCUUGAA